AUGAGGGUGUCAUUGUUGUUAUUGUUUGGCCUGGUGGUGGUCGGAAACACUGCGGCAACUGCCGACAAGAACCCAGGGUUCGGUAGUCGUCCAGCCCCAUGGAUCACGUACAAUGUUCCUUCAGAGUUUGCUGAUCCGAAGGGCUUGGCUCGGCCAACAUUUCGCUACUGGGUUCCAGAUGCUGAUGUGGACGACGAUGUCUUAUACGCAGAUUUGAAGCAGAUUAAGCAAGCAGGAUGGGGCGGUGUUGAGAUUAUCUGCUUGGAAAACUACGGCAUCGAGCCGGCUGUGGUUGAUCCGGCCAUAUAUGGAUAUGGGGGAGAGAAAUGGCGCCAAAAGUUCAACACCAUGUUGAGGGCUUCGCAAGAUCUGAACCUCCUUGUGGACUUCGCCUUGGGGCCAACGCAGGGCGCUUCAAUUCCAAUCUUGGAUCCCGACUCUCCGGGGAUGAAUACCGAGUUGGCAUACGGCAGUAUCACCUUGGCCUCGGGGCAAACUUUCGACGGAGAUGUCCCUCCUCCUAGCCGAACAGAUGCAGGUUAUGCCAACAAGCCGGAUUUCGUUGCUCCGUUUACCAACUUCACGAACAAGUUUGUCGCCGCUGUUGUUGCACGCAAAAGCAAAGAUCCGCGAGUGGUUCAGCUCGACUAUGAUAGUGUUGUCGACAUCACAGACUCAGUUACAGACGGCAAACUGCACUAUACGGCGCCAGCCGAUGGAGGCAGUUACGUCCUGUUCGCAUUCUAUCAGCGUCGAACUGGCUAUCUUGCUGCUCAAGGCGCGUUCAACAAUGCGACUGAUCCUCGAAAUCCGGCUUCCUGGUUUGCCUAUGUUGUUGAUCACUUCAGCAAAGAAGGAACGGAUCUCUGGACGAGCUUUACCGAGCAAUAUGUGAUGAGUGGCGAGAACGGCGAUCUUUUGAGACAGCUCGGGCUGUAUGCGUGGGAAGAUUCAGCUGAAUUCCGUGCAACAUUGUUCUGGACCGACAACCUGCGCUCGUACUUUCGUAAGACACGGGGUUACGAUAUUACCUUAGCUUUGCCGGCAUUAUUCGGGACAAAUGGCCUUCCGCCCAGCACACUCGCAAACGGUUACUUUUACUACGCUUUCAACAGCCAGGCCAAUGGAACGGACAUCAGCUGGAAACUACGCAAUGACUAUUACCAGUGUCUCCAAGAGAUGUAUGAACAGUAUCACCUGGAUGGCCUUUCCAAGUGGACAAGCAAAUGGGGCCUCCAGGGAAGCCUGCAACCUUACGCCACUGCGCCAAACUCAGCGCCACCAUGGGACAUGAACUCGGCAGCUGCACACAUUGACGCGCCUGAGACGGAGUCCAACUAUUUCGAUGGGGUAAUCGAUGCCUUCCGCGCCAUGGGCGGCGGUGCCAUGAUGGGCAAGAAGCAAAUCUUUUCCAGCGAGCUCGGAGCGCACCGCUAUGAGUCUUACGCAAUCACCUGGCCCGUCAUCCUCAACGACUGCAAGAUCAACUACGCAGGCGGUGUCAAUCGAAUUGUCACUCAUGGCUUCCCUUACUCCGGGCUUCGACCAGAGGUCGAAUGGCCUGGCCUUACAACUUUUGAAUGGUUGUAUUCGGAGAUGUGGGGCCCCAGACAGCCCAGCUGGUCUCACGUCAAGGAGAUGGGUGACUGGAUUGCUAGGACACAGCUGAUUCUCCAGUCUGGUGUUCCGAGGGUGGACAUUGGCAUAUACCGUCACAAGUAUCUCUCAGUCGACAUUAAGCACUACAACAUGGGGGAAAACAUAUUCUGGGAUCAGUCACUGCAAAAUGCCGGGUAUUCUUACGUUUCUGUGAGCCCUUCGCUACUGAAAUUGGAUAAUGCAGUUAUCACGAAUGGUCUGCUAGCAGAGAGCGGCCCAGGUUUUUCCGCUUUCAUUGUGGAUAAUUCAACUAACAUAACAUCUGAAGCCGUUGCCAAAUUUCAAGAAUAUGCUGACCUCGGAUUCCCCAUCCUUUUCGUCGGCGGUGUCCCCGAGACAACUCCUUACUACUGCGACUCAUGCGACCAACACGUCAAACAAGAGGUCCAAAAGCUGCUCAAAUAUCCUUCGGUCAAAGCACUGCAGUCGGAGAACCAAGUAGUUGACGCUUUGCUGGCACUAAAUGUGCAACCUGCGGCAAAGAACCUAGCUCCAGCCCCGAUCUUGUAUGUCCACAGGAUCGAUGAAGACAAUCAUGUGGACUACUACUGGGUAUACAACUCCGACAUCUACGAUGACCACGCUACGGAAGUUUCCAUCAGAGGAGACGGAAUUCCGUAUACAUUAGACGCAUGGACAGGGGCCAUCGCCCCGGUGGUAAACUAUACAACGUCUGGAGACAGGUUCAAUGUCUGGGUCGAGCUUCGGUCAAACCAGUCUACCAUACUGGCAUUUGCGCCCCAUGGAUUCUUCGCAAAUGUUCGCGUGCCGGACGUGCACGUUGCCAAAACAAAUGUCGAGUAUCUGAGCUACGCUGCCAGCAGCCAUUCCAUCAUCGCUCGUUCUUCGUCGAAAGGAAGCAAAGAGAUCACCUUGAGCGAUGGCCGAAAGUUUACCCUUAGUGGCCUCGACGAACAAUCAACUCCGUUGGAACUAGGUCCGUGGAAUGUCACGAUCCAAGAUUGGCUUCCCAACCCGGACAGAUUUCACAACUACACCUCUACGUACCGGUAUCACUCUUUCGAGCUUGACAAGCUUAUCCCAUGGUACAACAUUACCGGCCUCAAUAACACGUCUGGCGUCGGUACGUACACAUCUCGCUUCGCUUGGAGCCCCCAAGGGGCCACCAAUGGUGCUUUGAUAGAUCUGGGUCCCGUAUUCAAUACUGUCCGCCUUUGGAUCAACAGCGAAUGGACUGGCCCAAUCGACAUCACAGAUGCAAUUGUCGACAUCACACCAUAUUUAAGACCUGGCGUAAACGAUGUUAAAAUCGAGGUCACUUCAACCUUGAGAAACAGGUUGCUUCAAGUCAAUGUCACCCAAUCAUGGGAGCAGUCACAGUAUGCAGGGAGUUAUGGUGGCCAACCCUAUGGGCUUACAGCACCAGUCAAACUCAUCCCAUUUACAGAGAAGAGAAUUGAGCUCUGA